AAACUAUGAUGUAGAAUUUUGCCUCUUUCCUAAUGGAUGCGCUACGACACCAUGUGAUCGAGAUAUCAUCGUAUCAUAUGAGAGGAUCUCGACCCGUGGCGGUGUCUUGGGCACCUGAUAAUUAUUCGUAAACGAGGCAACAUCCCAAUUUCGGAUGACUCAAGACUCCAUGCACAAAAGAUCCGUUGUUAAAAGCCCAUCAUCAUGGCCACCAAAUAGUUGGCCCCGCGGCCAUGCUUUCCCCGAACGUAUAAAAACCACCACCCCACCACGGCGGCACCACCACCACCACCACCACUAUAUUUUCCGGUUCAAUUGGCCUUUCCCACACGUAAAUAUAUACGUACAGACAAUGAAUUCGUAGGACUAUAUUCAUUUUCUCGAUCUUAAACAUGACUUCCGUCAUCGAUGAAGAAGGAGGAGAGAGGGAUCUCGAGAUGGGACUAACCUCGACGCCUUCUCCGUCUCCUAGGGCGGUUCAGGCUCCGGCUCUAGUUAUAUCAACUUCCGGGAAGCGAAUGGACCAAUCGAAUUCCGGAAAUUCGCUGUUGAUUUCGAAUUCCGGAAAGCGAAUGGAUCAAUCGAAUUCCGGAAAAUCGCUAGUAAUUUCGAAUUCCGGAAAACGAAUGGACCAGUCGAAUUCCGAAAAAUCGUUGGUCAUCUCGAAUUCCGGAAAGCGAAUGGACCAGCCGAAUUCAGCAAGGAAGAAGUACGUGAAGCAGGUGACCGGGCGAUUCAACGACACGGAGCUCCACCUGGCGGCGCAAAGGGGGGACGUAGCGGCGGUGAAGCAGAUCCUGGGGGAGAUUGACGAGCAGAUGGUGAGGACCCUGAGCGGGGCGGAGUUCGACGCGGAGGUGGCGGAGAUCCGGUCAGCGAUCGUGAACGAGGUGAACGAGCUAGGAGAGACGGCGGUGUUCACGGCAGCGGAGAAGGGGCACGUGGAAGUCGUGAAGGUGCUGCUGCCGUAUACCACCAAGGAAGGGAUUGUGGCCAAGAACAGGUCGGGGUUUGAUGCGUUGCAUAUUGCGGCUAGUAAAGGUCACCAAGCCAUUGUCCAGAUACUAUUAGACCAUGACCCAGAUCUAAGCAAAACAGUAGCACAAUCGAAUGCCACCCCUCUUGUAUCAGCAGCUUCAAGAGGGCAUAUAAACGUGGUUAACGAGCUACUGUCAAAAGAUUCCAGCUUGCUAGAGAUAUCGAGGUCCAACGGGAAGAACGCGUUACACUUAGCUGCUAGACAGGGUCACGUGGAUAUUGUGAAAACAUUGCUCGAUAAGGAUCCACAAUUGGCAAGAAGAACUGAUAAGAAAGGACAGACUGCUUUGCAUAUGGCUGUCAAAGGGAUUAGUUGUGAAGUGGUGAAGUUGCUUCUUCAAGCAGAUGCAGCCAUUGUGAUGCUCCCAGACAAGUUUGGAAACACAGCAUUGCAUGUAGCCACCAGGAAGAAGCGGUCAGAGAUAGUAAACGAGCUAUUACUCCUCCGUGACACCAACGUCAAUGCCCUAACAAGGGACCACAAAACAGCCCUCGACAUUGCGGAAGGGCUUCCUCUUUCCGAGCAAAUCGCAGAGAUAAAAGAUUGCCUAUACCGUUUCGGCGCCAUCAGAGCGAACGAGUUGAACCAGCCGAGGGAUGAGCUGCGGAAGACCGUGACGGAAAUCCAGAACGACGUCCACACCCAGUUGGAACAAGCCCGAAAGACCAACAAGAACAUGACCGGGAUCGCCAAGGAGCUGAGGAAGCUCCAUCGGGCAGGGAUCAACAACGCCACCAACUCCGUCACCGUGGUGGCCGUCCUCUUCGCCACGGUGGCCUUCGCCGCCAUCUUCACGGUUCCCGGAGGGGACAAUGACCAGGGCAUAGCGGUGAUGGUGGGGACCGUGUCCUUCAAGAUCUUCUUCAUAUUCAAUGCGGUCGCCCUAUUCACGUCCUUGGCAGUUGUUCUGGUCCAGAUAACGGUUGUGAGAGGGGAGAUAAAAUCAGAGAGAAGGGUUGUGGAAGUGAUCAACAAGCUGAUGUGGUUGGCAUCCGUUUGCACUUCGGUGGCAUUCAUCGCCUCGUCUUACAUAGUCGUCGGGAGGCACCACAAGUGGGGCGCCAUUUUUGUUACCGUCGUGGGCGGGGUUAUAAUGGGCGGGAUCCUUGGCGCGAUGACUUAUUACGUGGUGAAGUCUAAGAGGACUCGGAAGGUGAGAAAGAGAGAGAAGUUCUCGAGGAGUGGAACUAACUCGUGGCGCCACUCGGAUUAUUCUGAUACGGAGGUGAAUCCGAUUUAUGCUCUUUGACGUCGGCCCCAACGAUUCUUUUGCCUUCUUUUCUUUUCAAGGAAGGAAAAAGAGAAGGAAAAGGUGGUGCAGUUUAUGUAAGAGUCUUUCUGUACUGCUAAUGCUAUACCUCCAAAUUUGGAUGGAUUUUCAUUGACGUAGAUGAAUUUCGGUUUUGUUGAGGAAAUAUGACGCGAUGACAAACGGAUUAUAGUGUAUGAAUGUUACCUACUCUGAAUUGUUAAUGGGAAAGAGCUGAGUCGAUGAAUUUCGGUUUUGUUGAGGAAAUAUGGUGCGAUGACAGACAGAAUUAGUGUAUGAAUCUUACUUGCUCUGAAUUGUUAAUGGAAAAGAGCUGACUGCUGAGUA